CCGGAGGUUCAAUUUAGUUGCUGGAAUGUGUUUUUUGACAGGAAUUUUUAGAAACAGGAAGCGGGGAUAUAACCGAUGAAUUUUUAUUUCUUAACAGGAGUUGCGUAAUUAUUAACUGCAAUAUCGUUUUGUUUUACACAUGCUCUGUUAAACCUCCUUUUUGUUAUAAAUUGUUUGUGAAUAUGGCGACCAAUUUCUUUGGUUGUGCAGUUGUAGUUUUCUGUUUUUACUUUUCAUCAUGUGUUUUGCAGAUGACCUGGGCUGCUGAGGAUAGAGUUGAUACACGAUGUAAAUGUAUAUGUCCACCUUACAAAGAUAAGCCAGGCCAUAUCUACAACACAAAUGUGACCCAGAAAGACUGUGACUGUCUGCACGUUGUUGAGCCAAUGCCAGUUGCUGGACCAGAUGUUGAGGCAUACUGCUUACGCUGUGAGUGUAAAUAUGAAGAACGGAGUUCUUUCACUAUUCAGUUUACAAUUAUUUUCUACUUAUCCAUUUUGGGUUUGCUGCUGCUGUAUAUGUUUUAUCUCAUGCUGCUGGAGCCCAUGCUGAAGCGACGCCUGUUUGGACAUUCACAGCUGAUGCAGAGUGAUGAAGACAUUGGGGAUCAUCAGCCUUUUGCUAAUGCUCACGAGGUCCUGUCCCGGUCCAGAGCCCGUGCCAAUGUGUUGAACAAAGUAGAGUAUGCUCAGCAACGCUGGAGGCUGCAAGUCCAAGAGCAGCGCAAGUCAGUGUUUGAUCGUCAUGUGGUGCUAAGUUAGUCAUGGAAUUUCACUGUUCUGAAGAAUUAUCACCACUGGAUGGAAGUAGUUAACAAGCUUACAUAUGUGCACAGGAGUAUAUUGCACAUUAAAAUAUAAGUUGAUCUUCUGACUGUAUGUAUAAUGAAAGCAUGAUGGUGAAAACGUGCUAGGAGCUUUGAAAUGCAAAUUGGUAUUGAUACUCAAAGACGACAAAAAUUUCCUACAUGUCAAUGUCUUUAUUUAAGAAGCUGGAUGGUUCCUUGAAAUAUGAUUCACUGAUCACUUUUGAUCAAAUUAUUUCUGGUAUAAAAUCUUAUGAGAGUGUUUUAGCCACAUUUCACAUAUAAGAAAAUAUAAUGUCCUGCCAUAAAUAUCUGUAGGAAACAUUCAUGCUGGCAGUUCAAACAGACAUGUUCAUCAAAUAUUGAUUUGGUGAGUUGUGCUUCAUGGAGUUGCUCCUAACCACUUUCAGUUUAAGAAUAUUUGUAUUUCUGUUAACUCUAAUGAUUAUAUGCAUCUGCUGCAUAUGUGUAUGUUAAAAUGUAAUUGACUUUUUUCUAUUUUAUUGUCAUGAUAUAGAACUGCAGCUCUUAUAAGUUUUCAUAAGUGAUAAAUUUUAUAAGGUAGUACAUUUAGAUUGUGGAUGGAAUCCAAACUGAACAGUGUACAUUAAUCUGUUCACAAGUACUACUCCGAAAUAUAUUGAUAUUGUACACAUUGUCUGUCUUCUGUUACAUGCUUAUUCCUUUUUAACUACUGCAGUGCACUUCAGUUUAACCAGUAUUCUCUAUAUUUUUCCAUUGGCUGCAAACAGUUUAUUAAUCAGUGCAUUUCCGCACUGAUUAAUUGCAAAGUUAUAUGUGCGGUCUCUGCCGAAACAUUCCCAAAGUUUUCAUUGCUUUCUUCAUUUAAAUAAUGUUAAAAAGAGAUUUUUGGCAACAUUGUCAAUGUGAACAUGUGAUAGUUCAGAAUCUUAAGUGGUUAACAUAGUAUGGCUAUUAUAAGACCAUAUUCAAAGAAUUUAGUAGACUUCAAGUUAUUUUGUGUAUUCACAUACAGUAAACAGCUUCUCACAUGACCAGGAAGUAGCUGUUAAUGGUUAUAGUAUUGUGAUCAUUGCCUAACAGUCAAGGUAAUAGAUUUAAAGUAGAUCAUAAUAUAGCUCAUUCUUCAUAGCUCAGAAAUAGUUUAUAUGCAUGUCAGUGCCAUUAAUGUGACUGAAAGAGGGCACUAGUUCCUUGGUAAUGCAUCUCAGCACCUGAGAUUUCAUAAACUAUAACUGCAGUAGUGAUUUGAUUUUAGUUUAAUUUAAAAAAAAAUAUGUAACACUAGGACUACCUGACGAGGAAAUUAAUGUGUUGGUUAACUUACACAUGUAUGCAUUGUCUUUGCUGGACCACAAAAGUUCUCACACUAGUAUCUGCAGUAUAUGCACAUUUUAAUUGCUCUGUCUUAAAAUAUCUGCUGUGAAAUGAUUUCUGAUUUUGCUUCAGUGAAUAAAAGAAUUUGAGUUCUCAAA